AUGGAACAGAAUGGAAGGAAGAAGGACGACAACGGAGUCCAGAACAGCUGGAUCCGACAGAGGACCCGAAGGAGCCCAACGAAACGAAGACUGAAACGAAGGAAAGGAGGAAGAGGAAUGGAAGACGACAAAAGGAAAGAUGGGAAGGACCAGGAAGAAGGAACGACGAAGGAAACAAGGAAAAGGAGGAAGACGAAUGGACCGAAGGAGGAAGACGGAUGGAUGGAAAGACGAAGGAAGGAAGAAUGGAGGAAGACGGAAGGAGAAGGGACGACAGGAAGACGAAGGAAUAUGGACGAGGAGGAAGACGAAAUGGAAGGGGAAGACGAAGGAGGAAAGAACGACGGAGGAACAGGAGGGAAGGAGUGGAAGACGAAGGGAGGAAGACAAGGAGAAUGGACGAGGGAGGAAGGAGGGAGGAGAAACAAGGGAAGGAACGGAGGAGGAAGACGAAGGAGGAAGGAACGACAAGGAAAUGGAAUGGAGAAUGAAGACGAGGGGAAGGACGAGGAGGAAUGGACGAGGGAGAAGAUGGACGAGGUGGAAGGAAGGACGAAGGAGGAUGGACGGAGGAGGGGAAUGGGGAGGAAUGAAGGGAGGGAGGAAGGGAGGAAGGAAUGGAAGGAAGACGAGGGAAGGAAGAAAGAAGGGAUGGAUGGAGGAAGACGGAGGGAGGAAGAGGAAGGGAGGAAGGGACGAGGGGAGGAAGACGAAAAAGAAGGAAGAGGAGGAAAGACGAGGGAGGAAGGAAGGAGGGAGGAAGACUUGAAAACGAUGGAGGGAGAAGGAUGGACAGGAAGGAAUGGGGAGGAAAGAAGGGACGAAGACGAGGAAGUGGGAGGGAAGGAAGACGAAGGGAUGGAAAGGAUGGAUGGGAGGAAGACAAUGGAGGAAGGAAUGAGGGGUGGAAGACGAAGAGAUGGAUGGAGGAAGACGAAGAAAGAAGGGGAGGAAGACGAAGGAUGGAUGGAGGAAGAUGAAGGGGGAAGGGAAGGAAAGAGGGAAGAGAAGGAAUGGACGAGGGAGGAAGACAAGGAGGGAGGAGGAAUGGACGGACGUGGAGGAAAGGAAGGAGGGGAGGAAGACACGAAGGAAUGGAAGGAAGAAGGAAGAAGGAGAAGGAAGGGAGGAAAGACGAAGGGAGAAAGACGGAUGGAGGAAGACAAGAUGGACAUGGAGGGGGGACGGAAUGAAGGGAAGGACAGGAGGUGGACGAAGGAAUGGACAACAGGAAUGGAACGAAGGAGACAAGGAACGAAGGAUAGUGGAGGAGAAUGGAGCGAGGGUGGUGGAAUGGAAGGGUCGACGGAACGAGCAAUGACGAGAGACAUAACACGACACCGGGACGACGGUGGCCGAGGACAUACGAGGGACGAAGGAAGAGAACGACAUGGACGACUGGAAGGACGACGAGCGACAGGAACGACGAUGGACGAGGAAGACGGACGAAACGAACGACAAUCCGGAAGACAAGCGGAUGGACGACGAAAGACGAAACGAGGAAGACGAGGACGACGGAAGACAGGGAGGAAGAACGGAGACGGAACGAACAGAAGAAGACGAGGAGGAAGACGACAUGGAAGGACGACGGACACGGAUGGAUCUGAAGACGAAGUGGCGACAUGGACGGGAGGGAAUGGACGGAUGGAAGACGACGGAGGAAGAGACGAGGAAGAAAGACGAACGACGACGAAGGAAGACGAAGACGAAGAACGGAAGACGAAGGAACGGACAAACAACGGAGAAGGAGAAGGACGAGGAGAACGGAAGGAGAGACGAACGAACGAGGAGACGAGACGGAAACAAGGGAAGGACGAGGAGGACGGAAGACGAAGACCGAGGAAGACAUGGAAGGACGAGAAGGACGAGGAGGAAGACGGAGGACGACGAAGACAGGAAAAGGAGACGAGGAAGAGACGAAGGGACGACGGAGGAGAAGGAAGACGAACGAACACGUGGAAUGGAGACAACGACAGAGGAAGAGAGGAAAGAGACGAGACGAGGAGGACAUGGACGAAGACGAGGAAGACGAGGAGAGACGGAGAGACGAAGACGGACAGAAGAGUGGAGAAAGGACGGACGAGGAGAGAGACCGGAUGGAAGACAUGGACGAAGACGGACGACGGAAGGACGAAGGAAGGAAAGACGAAAAGACGAAAGAGAGGAGAAGACGAGGGAGAAGACGAAGACAAGGAGAAGAAGACGGAAGGAGAAGGGAUGGAGGAAGACGAAGGAGAAGGAAUGGAGGAAGACAAGGAACGAGGAAGACGAAGGAGGACGGACCGGAAGACAACGGAGAACGGACGAGAUGGACGAAGUGGACGAGGAAGACGAGGAACGGACGACGGAAGACGAAACGGAAGGAAGGAAGAGACGGACGACAAGGAGUGGAAGAGGAAUGGACGAAGAGGAAUGGACGGAGGAAGGAAAAGAACGACGAUGGAGGGAGAAAGACGAAUGGAGAAAGAGGAAGAAGACGAAGGAAGGAGAAGACGGAGAAGGAGGAAAGGAUGGACAUGGACGGAUGAGGAAGACGAGGACGAGGAAGACGAAAGGACGAAUGGACCGGAGGAGAGGAGGAGGACGAAGAACGAAGGACAACGGACAAAUGGACGGAAUGGAAGAAGGAGGAAGGAUGGAUGGAAGAAGCAAGGACGAUGGAGGAAAUGGAGGAGGAAUGGAUGGAGGAAGAGACGGAGGAAGAAAGACGAAGGAAGGACGAAGGAGGAAGACGAAGGAGGAGGAGGGAAGGACGGAUGGAGGGAGAGGAAGGAAAGACGAAGGAUGGGACGGAGGAGAAGGAAUGGAAGGAUGGAUGGACGAGGAAGGAAGAUGAAGGAGAAGGACGAGGAAGUGAAUGGAGGGAGGGGACGGAGGAGGAAGACGAAGGAUGGAGGAGAGGAGGCGGACGAAGGGAUGGACAGGAGGGAGGAAGACGAAGGGAGGAAGGGAGGAAGGAUGGAUGGACGACGAAGGAAGAUGGACAUGGAAGGAAAUGGAUGA